CGUGAUACCGCUGCCACGAUUUGAGCCAGCUCGUAUUGCAUUCCCACGGGUAACGGUAGAACAGUGUAACGGUAGAACAGGGUAUCAGUAGAACAGUGUAACGGUAGAACAGGGUAACGGUAGAACAGUGUAACGGUAGAACAGUGUAACGGUAGAACAGGGUAACGGUAGAACAGUGUAACAGUGGAACAGGGUAACGGUAGAACAGUGUAACGGUAGAACAGUGUAACGGUAGAACAGUGUAACGGUAGAACAGGGUAACGGUAGAACAGUGUAACGGUAGAACAGGGUAACGGUAGAACAGGGUAACGGUAGAACAGUGUAACGGUAGAACAGGGUAACGGUAGAACAGGGUAACGGUAGAACAGGGUAACGGUAGAACAGUGUAACGGUAGAACAGGGUAACGGUAGAACAGGGUAACGGUAGAACAGGGUAACGGUAGAACAGGGUAACGGUAGAACAGGGUAACGGUAGAACGCUAGCGGCGGUUCCAUGGACAUCGUCCACGUCUACACGAAGCUCCGCGGGGAGCUCGGCCGCCAGUGUCUGUUCUCGGACCGGCCUGCUGAGCUGCUGGUGGACGUGCUCCCAGAGCCGAGUCUGGGUCUGGAGUUCAUCCCGAAAACCCCCAGAGAACAGGCGCAGGGGGUGGACCACGACAUGUCCGAGCACCAGGUGAACACGGAGUGCUUCCAGUCCAACAGCUGUGGGAUCAACCAUGUGGAGGGGGGGUGGCCCAAAGACGUCAACCCUGAGGAGAUGGAACAAACCAUCCGUUUCAGGAAGAAGGUGGAAAAAGACGAGAGCUACAUCAACAGCGUCCUGCAGCUGGCCAGUGUAAUGGAGCACUGCAUCAGACAGAACAAUGCUGUGGACAUCUACCAGGAGUACCUGGAGGAUGAGGAGGAAGUGGAGGGAAGUCAGGAGCCGCCUUCCGCCAAGACCAUCUAUGUCUUUAGAGAUCCUAAUGAGGUGAAACGUACCAUCACUGGUCUGUCAUGGCAUCCCGACAGCGGCAGGAAGCUGGCGGCCGCCUACUCCUGCCUCGAGUUCCAGAAAACGUCCAAAGACAUGAGCCUGGACUCCUACAUCUGGGACAUUGAGAACCCGAACAGACCAGAGAUGACACUCAAGCCGACAUCUCCACUUAUCUGUCUGAAUUAUAAUCCUAAAGAUUCACACAUUCUGGUAGGAGGCAGCUUCAAUGGACAGAUCGCGUACUGGGACACCCGGAGAGGCAGCCAGCCUGUGGAGAUUUCCUCUGUGGAGCAGAGUCACAGGGACCCGGUUUAUAAAAUCGUCUGGCUGCAGUCCAAGACAGGAACUGACGCAUUCUCUGCCUCCACGGAUGGACAGGUUCUAUGGUGGGAUGUUCGCAAGUUGAGCGAGCCCACAGAGCAUCUGGUUCUGGACCUGGGCAGGGAGGGGAACCUAAAUCGGGCUUUAGGAGCCAUCUCACUGGAGUUUGAAUCCACCAUGCCGACUAAGUUCAUGGUGGGGACGGAGCAGGGUGUCGUCGUCUCCUGUAACAGGAAGGCAAAGACACCGGCCGAGAAAAUAGUUUGUACGUACGAUGGUCACCACGGACCCAUCUACGCCCUGCAGAGGAAUCCCUUCUUUCCCAAAAACUUCCUCACCGUGGGGGACUGGACGGCCCGAAUCUGGUCUGAGGACAUCAAGGAAUCAUCCAUCAUGUGGACCAAAUAUCAGAUGUCGUUCCUGACAGACGCCUGCUGGAGUCCAGUCAGACCCUCUGUCUUCUUCACAGUGAAGAACGACGGUGUCUUGGACGUCUGGGACAUCAUAUUCAAACAGAACGACCCCACACUCAGUCUCAAGGUGUGUGACACGGCUCUGAACAGCCUUUGCGUUCAGGACAACGGGCGUUUGGUGGCGUGUGGUUCUCAGCAGGGCGAGGCCACGCUGCUGGAAAUCUGCUCUGGACUGUCGACGCUCCAGAAGAACGAGAAGAAUCUGCUGGCUGCUAUGUUUGAGCGCGAGACAAAGCGAGAGAAGAUCCUGGAGUCUCGACAGAGAGAGAUUCGUCUGAAAGAGAGGAGUCGAUCGGAGCAGAGCAAAGAGGAGGAAGGAGGUCAGGAGGAGGGAGAGGAGAGUCCUGAACAGCUGAUCGUCAGAGCCGAGAACGACUUCUCCAGCAUGGUGGAGAUGGAGCAGAAGAGGAGGAAGGAGAGGCAGGACGGAUCAAACCAGGAGAAAGACGUCUGUAAAGAAAAAUAAGUGAAAGACGAAGCAGAAACUUCAACAAUAUAAACAUGAUCUCACUUCCUCGGGAUUAGAGUGACAGAUUGUUUGUUCAUGUUGCUAUGGUAACGUCUGAUAGCCGAGGGGUAACGUUUACUCUUCAAACCUUUGUUUCCUUUUUUUUCUACUUUUUAGUUAAAUGUUCAGGUCUGUGCUGAAACACAAGUUGUCGUCUUUGUUCUACUUUCAGUAAACAAAUUCAGAUUUCUAAUAAAAAUUGUUUCUACUUGGA